AUGGAUGUCAUUGAACCACGCAAGGCUCCAGCUUUGGAACUGCCAAAGUCCUCUAAGACGAUUCGCGUCAAGGCUAUCGACACUACAACGCGGAUGGCCUGCGACUCCAGAGCAUUCGUGCAGCCUCAGAUAAAGAACCACGACAGGUUAGAUUUUAGGACGCUAUGCUUCUUAUUGGAACACGACGGCGAGUUUGUACUAUUUGACUGCGGUGCCCGAAAAGACUUUUGGAACUCGUCCCCGCAAACAUCAGAGAUGAUUGGUGCUCACGUCCCCAGCCUUGAGGUUGAGUCUGGGGUGGAUGAGAUUCUUGUCGAGCAAGGAUAUAAUCUAGAUGAUCUGAAGGCUAUUGUCUGGAGUCAUUGGCACUGGGAUCAUAUCGGCGACGGCUCAAAGUUUCCAGCCAAAACAGAUAUUGUUGUUGGCCCCGGUUUUACGGAAAGCUUUGUACCGGGAUGGCCACAGAACCCCAAGAGUCCUGUGCUGGCGUCAGACCUUGAAGGCCAUUAUAUUCAUGAGCCAGAUUUCGAUAUCCAUGUUGCUGGCUUUCCAGCCCAUGACUAUUUUGGUGAUGGUUCAUUCUACCUUCUCGAUGUCCCAGGUCACGCCAUAGGUCAUAUCUGUGGCCUGGCACGUACCACUCCGGACACAUUUGUGUUUAUGGGGGGCGAUUGCUGCCAUUACGCUGGCGCAUUACGUCCCACCAGAUACCUGCCACUACCACAAGAAAUCUCUUCAGGGGUACUGGACGAGUACUAUCCAACUCCUUGCCCCUGCUCAGUCUUUACGCAACACCACCCAAAGGCUAAAGGUGAACAGGCACGGACUACACCAUUCUACGACGUGUCGCGUGCCCCGGGAAGUGCCUAUACCUUCCCGGAUCUUGCGCAGAAGAGUAUUUACAAACUCCAGGAUUUAGACGCCCAACCUAACGUCUUUAUCUGUCUGGCGCACGACGAGGUAUUGUUUCAAGUCUUGCCUCUUUUUAAUGACGACACAACCAAAGAUAUCAAUGACUGGCAAGCAAGAGGGCUUAAGGACUACUGUCAAUGGGGCUUCCUUAAUGAUCUGCCUAAGGGAGGGAAGCCUGGCCGAGAGCCUUUUGUUAUUGGACAAUGGAGAAAUGGCAGGCGAAUAAUAUGGAAAGGAAGAGAGAUUGGCUUUGUUGACAUUUAG